AUGCCAACAACGCACGACCUAUCGCCCACUCCUCCUCACGCCCGCACGACCUAUCGCCUCCUCCUCCUCCUCCCAACGGAAGUCACAGCACGGAAGGGCAGCCGCGGGAGCCACCGACCGACGGAGCCACCCUUCGCCGUAGGUCGCCGCGGGAGCCGUCGCGCUCUUAGCCGCGGGACGCCGCCCUUCGCCGCAGGUCGCCGCGGGAGCCGCCGCCGGGGACGCCGCCGCGACGCCGCGGGAGCCGCCGACGGAGCCGCCCGCCGCGCCCUUCGAGCCGCAGGUCGCCGUUCCUCUUCUGCUUCCCGGCGGCCAAAUGAGCAUGUGGCAGAGGAGCGGAGGCAUGGGACGCAACAUGGGGCAGAGGAGCAAUGGCGUGAUGGUUGCGCAGAGGGAAUGUCCGUGAGGACGAAACGGUAUGAAGUAGUAACUCCACUAGAGAACAUCAUGGAUAUGGAGCCCCUGAGGAUUUGGAUGAACAGUAUGUCAAUGUCAACCUAGAUGAUGGUGACUUCUUCUACGUCGAGCAUCAUCAUCAAGGAAUCUGCACUUUCCCAUAUAUAUACCACGAGGUACUCCUGAAGUUGCAAGAAAAAUACUACAGAAAAGCUUGUGAACUUUUGGAGGAUGUUUUGAAGACUAACAAUUGAAGAUUUACUACAUUUAAGCACCCUGGUUAAACCCAUGUAUGCCUUUUAGUUUUUCGGGCAAAACCUAAGUAUGCCUUAACAAGGAGAUUUGUAAAUUUGUAUAUUCUUUCUUGUGUACAAGGUAUUGGACCGAUGUAUGCUUCUAUUCUUGUAUUUACUUCUUGCUUGGACACUUGAACUAAUGUAUGGGUGAUGUUUACUGACCAA